GUUUAAAGUAAAAUUUAACUGUCAGAUACUUAAAUUCAAUUCAUAUUUAUAUCAAUAUUUAUGUUUUAGAAUACAUCAAUACGUCUCUCUUCGACCUUCAUCGAACGUCUCUCGAUGACAUAGCUGGUAUGAAACGUUUAGUUACACACAUUCUAUAAUACUGUGCGGAAGUAAUAACAUCGCAACGUGGCUAUAUAGUUGAGAGCAGAGAUAUUGUGAUAAAUUCAGUAAGAUUAAAAAAUGCAACUGUAGCAAAUGUUUUCGUGAUUAAUCAGUGAGAAUAAAUGCACACUUAUUACAUAAUUAACACACUUAUUACAUUAAUAAAAUAAUUAACGACAAAGAAUGGCACAUAACAAAGAAUGGAAUGUUAAUCGUAACAGUUUCUUAUGGCCAUAUUUUAUAUUAGAAGAAUGGCCCAAUGCUAAAUGCAAUAUUUGUGAUAAACGUUUCCAUGGUGGACAAAUAGUGCAUUUAGAGAAUCAUUUGUCCUGUGUACAUCCAGAAAUAAUAGAAAAAAUACGAAACGAAAUUAGAGGUACCUGGCUGUCCGAGUAUUUCACAUUUGUUGAAGACUGUUCUAAAGUCAGAUGUAUUAUUAACAAUUGCAUUAUCAAUAUAUUUCGUGGAAUAAAUCAUUUAACAGACCAUUUGUUUAAAAAACACAACCUUGUUGAUCCCAACAACAAUGUAAGCGCUGGUGGUCAACGACCAGCUGAUAUACAUCUACAAGCUGCAAAAGGUAAAAGAUCGGGAUGGAAUUCCAAUAGCAUGGUAUUGCAAUAUUUCACAUUAGAUGAAUGGCCCUAUGCAAAGUGCAAUAUUUGUGAUAAAUGUUUCCAUGGUGGGCAAAUAACGCAUUUAGAGAGACAUUUGUCCCGUGUACAUCCAGAAAUAGUAGAAAAAAUACGAAACGAAAUUAGUGAUACCUGGUUGUCCGAGUUUUUUACAUUUGAUGAAGAACGUCGUUCUAAAACCAGGUGCAUUAUUGACGACUGCAUUAUUAAUGUAUAUUACGGAAUAAAUCAUUUAACAGACCACUUAUUUAUGAAACAUAAUAUUGUUGAACCCAACAAUAACGUAAGCGUUGGUGAUCAACGAUCAGCUGGUACACAUCUACAAGCUGCAAAACGUAAAAGAAGAUCAAAAUGGAAUUCCAAUAGUAUAGUAUUGCAAUAUUUUACUUCAGAUGGCUGGCCCAAUGCAAAAUGUAAUAUAUGUGAUAAACGUUCCCAUGGUGGACAAAUAACGCAUUUAGAGAAACAUUUGUCCUGUGUACAUCCAGAAAUAAUAGAAAAAAUACGAAACGAAAUUAGUGAUACUUGGUUGUCCGAGUACUUUAAAUUUGACGAAGAACGUCGUUCUAGAACCAGAUGCAUUAUUGACGAUUGCAUUAUUAAUAUAUAUUACGGAAUAAAUUAUUUAACAGAUCACUUGUAUAUAAAACAUAAUAUUGUUGAACUCAACAAUAACGUAAGCGCUGGUGAUCAACGAUCACCGGGUACAUAUCUACCAGCUGCAAAACGUAAAAGAAGAUCAGAAUGGAAUUCCAAUAGCAUGGUAUUGCAAUAUUUCACAUUAAAUGAUUGGCCCAAUGCAAAAUGCAAUACUUGUAAUAAACGUUUCCAUGGUGGACGACUAAUGCAUUUAGAGAGACAUUUGUCGUGUGUACAUCCAGAAAUAAUAGAAACAAUACGAAAUGAAAUUAAAGGUACUUGGUUGUCCGAGUAUUUCACAUUUGAUGAAGAAUGUUCUAAAGUCAGAUGCAUUAUUAAUGAUUGCAUUAUCAAUAUAUUUCGCGGAAUAAAUCAUUUAACAGACCAUUUGUUUAAGAAGCAUAACAUUGUUGAACCCAACAGCAAUGUAAACGCUGAUGAUCAACGAUCAGUUGGUACACAUCUACAAGCUGGAAAACGUAAAAGAUCAGAAUAAAGUUCCAAUAGCAUGGUAUUGCAAAAUAUUUCACAUUAGAUGAUUGACCCAAUGCAAAAUGCAAUAUUUGUGAUAAACGUUUCCAUGGUGGACGACUAAUGCAUUUAGAGAGACAUUUGUCGUGUGUACAUUUAAAGAUAAUAGGAACAAUACAAAAUGAAGUUAGAGGUACAUGGUUGUCCGAGUAUUUCAUAUUUGAUGAAGAACGUUCUAAUACCAGAUGCAUUAUUAAUGGUUGCAUCAUCAAUAUAUUUCGCGGAACAAAUCAUUUGUCUGUCUGUCAUAAUACAGAUAAGUCAAUAUUAACAAUUUAUACACACACAUACACAAACAAGAAAAUUUCAUAUAUGCAAUCAUACAAUACAAUUAAUAGUUGAACCCAACGGAAAUACAAGUAUUGGUAAUCAAUUAGUUGGCGCAUGUUCGUAAUCCAUAGAAGGACAAAUUAGCAUGGACUCUUCUAACUUAAUAUGGCAAUGUUUUACUUUAGAAAGUGACUCGUUGCAAAUGCAAUAUUUGUGAUAUCUUUUUUUUGUAAUGUGACGAAUAAUAUAUUUAGAGACUCAUCUGUGUAUAUCUAGAGAAAAUAAAAAAAUGUAUAAGA